UGCUAAAAUGUUUUUAACGUUUUUUAAUAGACUAGUUUUAUUAUUUAUUGAAAUGUGUGGUUCUGUAUUUUAGUUAAAAUGAUAUUUGAUAAAUGUAUAUUGGUCGUUUAUGAUAAACUAUUAUUGAUUGCUUUUGUCUGCUGAUAAACUCAGCGUUCAACGAAAAAGAAAGUAGGAAGUGACUCGCACGCCGUCUUCGCGACAUGAUUUGAGCUGCACGACCUGUCUUUAUCGGGCUUGACUUAAACGGCGUAGUCAUUUUACAGACAACAAACAUGAACAACACGGAGAGUGGUAGUACAAAUCCAGUGGCAACAGAAGAUGCUAUUUCUGUCCACGACUUUUCCGAGAAGAUUCUGGAGCAGGUUGUGCAUUUCCAUGUUAUGAAAAUGAAAGGGGGAUUUUUCCUUUGGGUCGGUGCAAAUCCCCAUCUGUCUAAUUUGGCUGUUGCAAUGAGUAGCAAAUAUGACUCGACGCCCCUAUCCACAUUACUUCUGGGAGACGCUUCAGACACCACUGCAAAUUCAUUAUCACAAAGGCUAGCCAAGAAGACAAAAAAGCAGGUUUUCGUCAGCUACAAUCUUCCCACCACAGAGGCCAACUUAACCUUACUGGUGGAGAACCGAAUAAAGAAAGAAAUGGAGGUUUUCCCUGAUAAAUUUUAAUUUUGUUGUGUUACUGUUUUAUAUGAAAAUGUUUGUUAAUAAUAAAAUAAAUAAAAAGAA